AUCAAAACAGUUAAUUAAUAUCAGCGUAUCUUGUUAGAUUGUAUCCUUAAUUAAGUUCCGAAAUCAGAACGUUACAAAACCUAUCAUUAAGGUUUAACUUUACAAUGAUUUCAAAAAAAAAAAAAACUUUACAACAAAAAGCAAAGAAAAAGGUUGUCUCUUCUUUUUCAAUUUCUCCCACCCAAACCAAGAUUACCGUUACAGAAAUCAAACAAGUUCAACAUUGAUGAUGAAGAAAACUGAUAGUAGAAUCCCAACAACAAGAAGAACAAGCUACCAAAACUGUUACUCAAAUUGCAAUCUACCAUCAUCAUCAUCUUCAAUCAUGGCUGCUGAGUCAAACAGUAGUAGAAACCCGAUUCUUGAGCCUCUCCUUCAUGCCCUUGAUCCAAUAUCUCUGAUUCUGAACCAGAAUUCACAAUCAGAAAUGCAAUCUUUUCCUUUUCCAUUGAAGCUCACCUCUGCUGAUAGCUUCAUCAUGGAGAGAGGACCCAAUUACAACGCGUAUGCACAGUUGAGGGAACGAAGGUUGCAGAUGAAACUGAAUUUCAUGGGUCAGGAACAAGAAUCUGAACAGAAACUGGAAUCUGAACCAAAAACUGCAACAACCCCACCAAGGAAACAGGUGAAGUUUCUUCAAUCUGAUUUGGGAUGUGGGAGAAAAUCAGGGUUUUCGUCUGUUGCUCAAUCUGUGCCAGAUUUCUCUGCUGUGUUGAGGAAAGAGAAUAGGAAGCCUGUGAUGGUGAACACUUUGCCUACAAUGAUGGAGAUGACACCGCCAUCCAAGAGAGGAGGAAAUCGAGUGUUGUCAACGAGUUCAAGAGGGAGCAAGUCAGCGAGUGGUGGAGAGAAGGGUGGUGGUGGUGGUGGAGGAGGGGUUUUGAUGGCGAGGAAGAGCUAUGCGAGCUUUGAUGAACUGAAGAGGUUGACUAGUGCUACGGCCAUUGCCAUCAAUGGUGAAGGGAGAGGAGGAGGGAGGAAUAGCAGUAAAAUCAUCAUGGGGAGGACAGUUUCAGGGAAGAACAGACAAUUUUGAAUUUUGUGGAAAUGGGUUUUGGAUUUGAUUGGAAAUGUUUGUUUGUUUGUUUGAGAUUCAGAGGUUGUGGUGUUGGUGGUUCUGCUAGUUUUUGUCUUUUGUUUUCCAUUCAUUCGAUUUGAUUUUUUGAGCAAUUUACAGUAUUACUUUUAUGUACAGCUAUGAUGCAUAACUGAUAACACUAUUACAGGAAUGAGUUUCAAUA